UGACAACAGGCAAGUGCCAUGCCUCUCUGCUGAAGAUGGAGUCAUGGCUUCUAGCUUUUGUGAAAAUUGCUGCAGAUUGCUCAAAGAAUUCAUCGUUCAUUUAAGGAACUUCUGCACAGAGUUUGGACAAAAAAUAAGAGACGUUUUCAGGGAAAUUUCUCAAUGCACGUGCUUUAGGACCACACCUGAGAGGAUUCUUCUGCGCAGGACAACUCGGGAGUUGUCCACUUCACACCUGCUGCACGAUGAUGAAACUCAACUACUUAAUGAAGAAAGUCUACAAGCACUGAGCAGACUUGCAACCUCAGAGAGCAGUGAUCUACAAAUGACUGCAUCCCUGUAUUAUUUACAUCUCAGUCAUCACUUAAAAUCACCUCUACCAGAUGCCUUCAUUGAGCCAGUCAUGUCCUUACUUUUGUCAUCUGACCUAGAUGUGCAAAAGACCAUCUCUCUGUCCUUGGUCAAUCUGUUAGUCAAAAACAACGUAUGCAAAGAGUUGGUGAUUGAAAUGGGCAUGCUGGUGCCCAUACUGGAGUUGUUCCAGUCUGGUGAUGCGGCCGCUCAGUGUCACUCAUGUGCUUGCGUCACCAUGUUGGCCUCCUCAGAAUCAAACAGAGAAGCUAUCGUGGUGGAUGGAAUCAAGCCACUGUUGGCUUUAGCAAAAUCUUACGACCCUCAUGUGCAACAAAAAGCCACCUGGGCUCUGUUACAUCUCACACAGUCAGACUGGUCAACAAGGAUCUUGUGUCAGGCAGGGGCCAUACCUGUCCUGAUACUUCUGCUGCAGUCCUCAGAUUCAGAGGUUCAGUUUUACAGCUGCACCGCUCUGUGCAAUAUUGCCACCGUUCAGGAGCAUCACCCAAAGCUGCUCAGCAUUGGGGGUCACUUUUUGUUAAAGUCUCUUCUGACUCUCGUGUCUUCGUCUGUGCAAAAGAAUUCAAUCCAAGCAUGCAGAUGCCUGCAAACUCUCUCAAAAAAUGUUCUCAUCCAGGAACAGCUGAUGGAGCUCGACUGUGUGUUGCCUCUGAGGGCUCUGCUGAAAACCUCCUCUCCUGUGUGGAUAGAGUCAGCCGUAAUACUUCUGUCUGCCCUGUGUGCACACCCUCUGAACAGUGAUGUCCUGGUGAGUGAAGGACUGUUGGAUGAAGUCGGUCAGCUGCUUCAUCGUCACACAUCCAGCUCUGUCAUAAUCACACACAGCUGCAAGAUGAUCACUGACCUGUGCAGCUCCAGCACGGAUCAGCAGGCUGUGAUGGAAAGUCCGUGUUUAUCAGGACUCCUCAGGGCCCUCCUGUCUCCGUCACUAUCAGAUGAGACAUCACUGCAUGUGACAUCAUGCUUACAUCACCUGAUGAACUGGGAUCCACUUAAGUCAAACUUGUCGUUGACAAUAACAUCAGAGCAUGUUUCAAGACUUGUGAGGAUGUCGGCACAAAUACAAAACCCUCAGUUGUCAUACAACAGUGCGGCCAUCAUCAGCAUACUAGAAAUGACUGGGGAAAUGGCCAAGUUGCUGAGACCUCACUAUGUCACCAUGUUGGAGUACCUGUUGGUGUUUCUCACAAAGAAAGAUGCUAAGUUUCAGCAGCUUGGAAUUGUUACAAUAUUUAACCUCAAGAAAGAUGGAGAGUUUUCCUCUCAGCUGGCUCACAGUGAGUUGGAGGCUCAGCUCUGGAAGAUGCAUGCACAGACCGAAGAAACCAGACGGCUGCUGCAAAUGAUUCAGCCCCUUUCUCCAUCAUCUCUUAACCCUUGACCUUCUCGGCAUGAAUACAGAGUGAUGCACACAGUGUGGUGCAAGGUGUUUACAUUCAUACACUGAUGAACUUUUUUUUUAUUAUUGUGUUUUAAUGUGUAUAUUUUAUUUCAGUUUUUAUGUUUACAGUCAAUAAAUGAAUUAAAAAAACGAGGCACAGAUGUGGCAUAGUAUCAACUUUAAUGAAAUAUGGCAUAUAUUUCCACUUUUUAACCGGUUAACAAGUGAUAGUUAUGUGUAAUACUUACUAUAAGAUCAAAUAUUGAUGAUCAGAUACAUUUGUUUUUAUAUGCUGUUAUUAUAAUAAACCUCUACACCUCAAACUUUGCUUUCUAAAUUGAUUGCGCAAUAUCAAAUAAAGCAGCCGUCAGUGCAAUAAAGGCUUUGUGCAUUGUAUCUCCUAAAACAACACUCACAAAACUGAAGCAAAGUCUUUGGAAACUAAGUUCCUUAGCAGCUUUGAAAUAUGUGAUUGCUAUAUGUCACAAAAUCGAAGGGUAAGACAGGAAUUUAUUUAUGCAGGAGGUGAACUUUAACCAACAACCUAAACUCUUGUGUUCUUAACACAAACGGCCACUCGAGCUAUCCUAAACCGAGGAAGGAAAAGUGCUUAAACUGCAAGAAAUAUCAGGAAUAAGCAAAAAGCAUAUGGCCAACAUAU